CAAUCGUAGUAGCCAGCAGCCACGACAUGCCCCAAGAACGAUUUUUCUUACUGCGGGUGGUUGGUGUUUCCUUCGAAUGUGUGGAGCUGAAAAAAUGUGUUGUUUAAAGGUCUGAAAAUCCAAUUGCUACCCUUAUCAUUUGUUCAUCACUGAAGGUUUCUUCUGCCAUGUUUAUCUCUACGCGUCGGAUUUUCUCUCGUAGAAAAAAACACACACACUCUAAAAUUAAUACAAAUACCAUCCCCGAAAUAUCUUGCCAGCUCAACAUUAUUUUUAGCCCAGUGCGUGCAAAAACAAACAAAAAAUCUUAACAAAAACUACCCAUCUAAUAAACCUAUAAGUUUCUCCCUUUUGGCUGUUUGGCGUUUACAUAGUGCGUACACCCGUCAUGAAUCAAUUCAUGCGUUCGCCAUACUUACUACACGAACAAACCGAUACGCCAUACGCACCAGAGCCUGCGCGUGUUCAUUUAGCCGCUUCCCAAUCCGCCUAGCCAUUGACCUAUGGUUCAGAACAAUGUGAUUCCGAUUCGUCGUCGCCGUCGUCGACUGCUCAUCCGCGAUUAGGGCGAAAAACAAAACCAACGGCAAAAGCAACAAAAACUAAAAAACAGGUUCUCACGAAACACGCAUACCACGGCACCGCGGUCGAAGCGAUAGGCAUCAUACACUAUAGCAGUGCUGCGUCUAAAGCACACGCGAUGAUCAGAGACUGUGUAACCUUGGUUACGACCGGGCUGCUGUGCGAAUCGUUUCCCUUGUGCGAAAUGUAACAAAACAACAGAACAGCGCCUUUCGCACAAAAACAAAACAAAGUUCUACAACUCAUUUUGGAACCGGAAACUUUGUCCAAACAAAUGAUUCGCAAACGAAAGUGGCCACUGUGUGCAGCUCUUUGUGUGGCUGUGGUACUACUUGUCACGGGCGCAAACGCAGCGUCAUCGUACAGGCGCGAUCGUCGGAAAGUGUGCAACUACUACGAGUGGAAGUGUGCGAGCGGCCAGUGCAUCGAAUCGCACCAGCAGUGCGAUGGCGUGAUCGACUGCAAGGACGGAUCGGACGAAACGUCCGCCAGCUGUGCGUUCAUCCGGUGUCCCAGCUACGCCUUCCGCUGCCAGUACGGGGCGUGCGUGGACGGCAAUGCCCUGUGCAAUGGAGUGCGGGAGUGUGCCGACCACUCGGACGAGCAUGCCCACUGUCCGGGCAACAGCGGCGCCAUACUGGCGGCCCACGGGAACUGCUCCAAUACCGAGUUUUCCUGCCGCUCGAGCGUAUGCAUCCCGGCGGAUCAGGUGUGCGAUGGGCAGGAGGAUUGCCCGGACGGGACGGACGAAACGCAGCCACUCUGCAGCCUCGUGUUCUGUCCCUCGUUUUCGUUCCGCUGCAGCUACGGGGCGUGUAUCGGCGGCUACUCCAAGUGUGACGGUGUGGUCGACUGUCGGGACGGGUCGGACGAGGAUGAGCUGCUGUGUGGGCGACCGUUCCCCUCGACAACGCCACGCCCCGUGACGACGGUGCAGACUUCGUCGACGACAACCACAUCGACCACAACGGUGGCACCGGUUGUGAAGGUGACAGGACCGCCGGGAUCGUGCGUCGUGCCAAGCGCUCCCCCCAAUGGACGGUUCGUGCUGGACGAAACUGCCCAAACUGUGCAGAUACUGGCGGGAGAGUUUAUCGAAAACUACAACUCCGUGCAUGUGGUGUGCGGGGACAAGUACACACUGAAGGGUGCGGCCACCAUCGUCUGUCUCGAUGGCGAGUGGCUGGAACCGUUCCCGGUGUGCGAGAAAUACUGUUCCGAAAUUCCCAUCAACGGCAUCACGAUCGAACCGUUCUGCGAGUACCAGCGACGCCAGAUCACCUGCAAGCGGCCCCUCCCGCCCACGACGCGCGUCCGGAUCGGGUGCCGCGUCGGCUACCAGAAACCGCUCGAGCCCGUCAACGAAACGCUCAGCUGCGUGGACGGCUCGUGGGACAGUUCGGUAUUUCACUGCGAGCCGGUCUGCGGUACACCGACGCCCGACGCGGAAGCGUACAUCAUCGGCGGCCGGAACGUGUCCAUCGCCGAGGUGCCGUGGCAUAUGGCGAUCUACAAAAACCUGCACGACGGCACGCUGGACGAUCUGCGGUCGCCCGACUGGCAGUACGUGUGCGGCGGCUCCAUCCUAACCGAGCGGCUCGUCGUGACCGCCGCCCACUGCUUCUGGGCCACGGAAGGGUUCUUCGACAAGCGCUUCUUCCGGCUGGCGGCGGGCAAGUAUCGGCGCGACAUUGCCGCCAUCGAGGCGCUCCCGGCGCAGUACUUCCACAUCCACGAGAUACUGACGCAGCCCCAGUACCAGGACUUUUCCGGCUACUACAAUCUCGACAUUGCGAUCGUGGUGCUGAACGGGUUCAUCUCCUUCCGCACCUACAUCCGGCCGAUCUGUCUCGAGCGGAAUCUGCGCACGGAGAGCGAGAAGCGCAUCCGACCCGCCAGUGUAGGGUGGGUGGCAGGUUGGGGCUUUACCACGUCCACGGGGAACCUGAGCAGCGUGCUGAAGGUGACCGACAUCGCGACGGUGGACUACAUGACGUGCAGGGAGUUUUCACCCGUCGCUUAUCGGCCGUUCCUCACGGGGGAUAAGUUCUGUGCCGGCAAUCCCCGGACCGGGACGAGCGUGUGCCAGGGCGAUAGUGGCGGAGGGUUUGCGCUGGGCAAAGAGGAGGCGGGCGGGGGCGAUACGGUGUACUAUCUGUACGGGGUGGUCAGCUCGGCGCCGCGUGCAGCGGACGGUGGGUGCGACAACAACAAGUACGUCGCGUUUACCGAGGUGCAAAACUACAUUCCAAUGAUACUGGACGCGGAAAGUCGGUAUCCCGUGAUAUAAGGGGAGUGUGGGGGAGAAAGGGAGAGAAAGUAAUUAAAGCCACCCCCAAGGAGAAACACUUA